AUGCAAAAUCGUAAAAUUACCAAAAUGGUUGAGAAUUACUCGCUUGACGAAGUAAUUGGAUCCGGUUAGUAUGGCAAAGUUUAUAGAGCAACAAAUAUAAAAACGAAUAAAGUUGUCGCUAUAAAAGUAGUUAAAAUAUAGAAAUUUAAAGAAAACCCUAAAUUAGAAGAAUGCACUGUAAAUGAAAUUAAAACCCUUAGUUAAAUGGAUGAUAAUAGACAUGUUGUCUCAUUUAUUGAACUUCUCAGAAGUAGUAAUAAUUAUUACUUUGUCUAUGAAUUUUGUAGUGGUGGAACUUUGGAAGAUUAAUUAAAAAAGAAAAAAAUAUUUAAAGAAAAUGAAGCUCUUCACGUUUUUGCAUAGUUACUAGAAGCCUUUAAGGUGUUAAGGAAAUUCAAUAUAAUGCAUAGAGAUUUAAAGCCUACUAAUAUUUUAUUGCAUAACAACUAAAUUAAAUUAGCAGAUUUUGGAUUUUGUAAAUCCCUAACGAACCCAACUGAUAUGGCUCAAACUAUGCUAGGUUCUCCUCUCUAUAUGGCGCCUGAAAUCCUUAGAGGAUAAGACUACUGUGUAAAAGCAGAUAUUUGGAGUUUAGGCGUUGUAUUAUAUGAAUUACUAUUUGGCAUAUGUCCGUUUGAAGAGAAAUCGAUAGUCAGACUAAUUAGUCUUUUAAAUGAUGGUUAGUUGGUGAUUAGAAAAGAUAUUUAAAAUAUUUCACCACAAACAGAAGCCCUCCUCAUGGCUAUGCUUGUAAAAGAUCCAGAAUAGAGAAUAUCAUGGGAUUAGCUUUUUUAAAUCUAAAUUAACAGUGACGGAGAGUAUGUAGAUCCCAACGCAUAAAUCAAAGGAGGAGCUUAAAAUUUAUCUUCUAAAAAGGAAAGAAGCUAGCAACCUAAACCUCCUCAUUCUACUCCUCAAUAAUUUUAGAAUGCAGCUUCAAGCUAAGAAGAGAUACAAAAAUAAAAUUCAACAAACUCUUCGAACAACAUGUUUCCAUAGCAUUAAAAUCUAAAUUCACAAACAAAACCUUAAAGUAGUAUUUAACCAACUCACUUUAAUCCUAACCAUUAAAGGAGUGUUUCUUCUCAUGCUAUGUUUACUUAGCAUUCAAAAACAGAAACACCAUCAAAAACAGCUUUUGCAAAUGGAGGAGGAAUGACUCGAGACUACUCAAAUGAUAAAAUAGGAUUGACUUAAAAUAAUAUGCAAGCCACUGAAAAAAAAAGCAAUGAAAGCAAAGAUAAAAUUAAUUCUGUUCAAUAAUUUUAGCAAGUACUUGAGACAAAUGCUAAUAAUCUCGUAGGCUUUAACACUAAUGAGAUAAAUCGCCCAAAUUCAUAGAAUAGUGUCAAUUCUUUUGUCCCACAUCCACCAUAAAGGGAGAAUCCGUUUAGGAGUGCAACUACUGAAGAUAAAAUAGCAUAACAAAAUUUCAAAGCCUAAGACUAGCUAGACUCACCAUUAGCCCCUUAGCGCUUAUAAUUAGAUUAGACGUCGAAUUCUUCACAGGCAUAAUAAAUGAAAGACCCAUAAAAUAGCAUAAAAUUCCAAAGAUAGGAUCAUAAAAGGGCACUUACUUCAAUUGGAGGGGUAGCCAAUUAUCAAAAGCCACUUUCUAUUAAUAAUAAUAUUAUGAAUAUUUAAUAGAAUGAGCACAUAGAAAAUAAUGCUGAUUAUCUAAACUUAAAUCCCGCUGCUGCUGCAAAUAAUUCUGCUACUUCAUCUUAAACUAAUCUUGCAAGUAAUUUGUACAGUAAUAGUGAUUCAAAGCGCAAUAUCCUCCAUGGUUAAACCUUAGAAGAUAGAUAUAAAUAACCAAUAUUAUAGACUUAAAAGCCUCCCACUCUUGUGGUUACUCCUACUUUGACUCUUUAAACAUAACCAACAUCUCAAAUUAUUCAAAAAGAUCCAUAAGUUUCAUAAGAUUUGGUUUCUACUUUAUAAUCUUCCUCAUCUACUUCAGGAAGAAGCAUUAAUAAUACUAGUUGUAAUUAAAAUAAUGCAAAUAUCGCUUUAAAUAAUAAUUCAGCAUCUGCCUCAGGUAAUUCUUAAGCACUUAAUUUGUAAGUUUAAAGUAGUGCAAACAACAACCCAAGCAAUUUGCAGAAUUCAAGUAGUAGCUCAAAAAUAGCAAGCAAUAAUUAGCUUAGUAUAAGCGGAAACAAUUAAAUUUCUAUGUAUAGCUCAACUGGUAAUCAAAUUCCUCCAAUUCAUCCUUCGAUUGCCUCUGCAGGAGUUUGUAAAAAUAAUAAGUAACAGAAUGUAGAUAUAUCUCAAAAAAUAGUCUAGGAAUUAUCUAAAGAGAGAAACAAGCUUUUCUUUUUGACUUAGCUACUUUACGAGCUGAUUGAUAUUUGCGAAAAUGAAAAUUAUAACAUAAUACUACCAUAAAUAACUUAUUAAUACUACCAGCAAAUAAUUCUAACUCGUUGUGAAAGACUGAAGAAGCUUAUAGAAUUAAAUUAGAGUUUCAUAUCUUAGCAGAUAGAUCUUCCUGCUCCACUAACAACUAUGGAUUUAGCAAGAACUAUGAUGAAUGAAGGAUAUAUAAAGAUAAGGAGUGCAAUUGAAAAAGAAAUAACUUUGAUAGAAUAGAAUUUCUUGCAUGUUAAAAAUGAAUACCUUUAUUUUGAAAUAUAUUUUUAGCAGAAUAAUAACAACGAACAAUUCUAAUCAAUGAAAAGUUAGAAUAUUGAGUAAUUAAUAAAAAGCUUUAUUAAGCAAGUUAUAGCUAAUAAUGAUUCUGAUGAAGGAGGUGAAACUUCUUACAUUAAUAGGUUAAGAGUCUGCGCUAAGUUAGUAGAUGUUUACGAUUUUGAUAACAUUUUAAUAAAUGAACUAGGAAAUAAUGUCAACAAUUGGGCAUAUAAUAAGGAAAUAAAAAAUGCUGAUAAAUAAAAAAUUUUAAGUAAAAUAUUUAAUCAUUAAUCACUUUCUCCUAUAAACUGA